AAACUCUAUAGCACAAGUAUUGCUUUGACGUUGUCUGUUUAUGAAGUUGGAAUCCCUGAACGUUAAGCUGCUUUGUCACCCAGGGAAGCACCAUGCUGACCAGUAUCACUGAAGGGAUACUAUGCUGCCUGACUGGGAAGGCUGCCAGUCUGGUCUUGCCCCUGGAGUCAUCAGAACCCUCUGACGGUUUUGAGUUUGUGGAGGUGAAACCUGGGAGAGUCCUGCGAGUGCGGCACAUUAUCCCCGAGCGUCAGCCCGUAGUAACGGAACAGCAAGUUGCAUGCAAGGAGAAGACGGACGGUGAGGAGGAGGAUGAUGAUGAUGAUGACGGCCCUCCUGAGGAUUGUAGCGAGAGCAAUACCGGCAGCAGUGUCCACUGCAAGAGGAAGAUCACAGUAUACCGCAACGGCCAGCUGGUGAUUGAGAAUUUGGGUGAUGUUCUGCACUCUGAGAUCUUGCAGUGUCAGGAUGGGGACCUGGAGCCUUGCAGCACUGUAGAGGUGGAGCUGGCGGACUACAAAGAAAUGCCCUCUUCUCCAGACCCCAAUCCUGUUCCUCCUCCGGUUCCUUCACCUCAUGGGGAACAGAAACCCGCUCCACCUCCCCGUCGGCGCCAUCGCAAGCCCAAGCGCACGGUGCAAAUCGACUCAAAGAGGGUGAUCUCCAGCUGCAAAGGGACGCACUCGGACGUAGCGCUGUUCUUCGUGCACGGUGUGGGAGGUUCUCUGGACAUUUGGGGCAGCCAACUGGACUUCUUCUCUCGGCUGGGCUAUGAGGUUAUCGCACCCGACCUGGCGGGGCAUGGAGCCAGUACUGCCCCACAGAUUGCAGCAGCUUAUACUUUUUAUGCCCUAGCAGAGGACCUUCGUGCCAUCUUUAAGAGAUAUGCUCGUAAACGCAACAUACUCAUCGGCCACUCAUAUGGAGUAUCAUUUUGCACCUUCCUUGCCCAUGAAUAUCCUGAUCUGGUCCAUAAGGUAGUGAUGAUCAAUGGAGGGGGUCCCACAGCUCUGGAGCCCAGCCUAUGCUCCAUCUUCCAGCUACCAUCAUGUGUCCUGCACUGUCUGUCACCCUGUCUGGCUUGGAGCUUCCUCAAAGCUGGAUUUGCCCGUCAGGGUGCCAAAGAAAAGCAGCUGUUGAAGCAGGGCAAUGCCUUCAACGUGUCUCCGUUUGUCCUGCGAGCCAUGAUGAGUGGCCAGUACUGGCCAGAGGGGGAUGAGGUCUACCAUGCCGAGCUCACUGUGCCUAUCCUUCUGGUUCAUGGCAUGUGUGACAAGUUCGUGCCAAUGGAUGAGGACCAGCGCAUGGCAGAGAUCCUUCUGUUUGCAUUCCUAAAAGUCAUUGAGGAGGGAAGUCACAUGGUCAUGAUGGAGUGCCCAGACACCGUCAACACCCUCCUCCACGAGUUCUUUCUAUGGGAGCCUGACAUGUCCAGAAAAGACAGCAGCAAGACAGACACAGCUCUCAGUGACACUCUCCACACACUGAAAAUCAAUAAGCCUAUGGACAAAUAACCAACAAGGGGUCUAGUUUUGUUACGGACCCAAGCAGAAGGCCUUUUUUUGGCAUGCGUUCUAAAGGCUGCUUCCAGGCUGAGAGCUGUUAUAAACAGGGCCACAUCUUAAGGAUGCGGACGGCCACUGGUGCGCCAAGAUAAAGCAGGACUUAGGCACAGUGCUGACCAGAGAACGACGGAACGGACAUAAAGAUGAGAAGGAAUGGAUGCAAAUACACAGUCAGUUUCAGCUUCGCUUUUUGAUACCCGUUUGUGUUCCAUUGCAUUGUGUUUGCAAAACGACACAAUACAUGGAGGACUAUGUCCAUUCGUGAUUUCUGUAUGCAAUGUAUGCGGCGAUGAACUGACUACAAGAUGCAAAAAGGUAUAAAAUCCACGAAAUGGUGUGUGAAUUCCCUCACCUUAAAUAUUCUGUCAAGUACUGCAGAGCUUCUUUUCUGCCAUUACAAAAUGGUUAUUAACUUAUCAAUUGGGCACAUCCUACAUCUGCUUUAAGUGGGAAACUGGCAAAAUGAUAUGUAGGGAAUUGAGGAAUCAUUGAUCUGAUUUGCUAGUACGAUGACACUGAUUGGAUAGUAGUUGGACAUGGGUUAAAGACAUUAAAUAUAUACCAAUGUACAUGCAAAAUGUAACUAAUAAUUGCACCACAUGCAUAUGUAAAUUACAUUUUACCAAUAGGAGAAACACAACAAUUCAUUGUUGACUUAGUAACCACAUCCAUACAAUGUGCAGUGUACACCAUCUCAAACAAUCACAGCUAUUGCCAAUCAAAUUGGCUCAUCUAUUUCCAAAUUACAACAAUAUAUUUACCAUAUAUUGAACUCUAAAACAAGACAUAAAUCCAAAAAGCUAGGUAUGUCUAUGUUAAGCACAAUGUAUCCAAAUUAUCAAUUCAUAAUUGCAUGAAAGUUAAGUAAUAUUCAAUGAGAGAUUUAUGGGAACUGGGUGCAAAACAGAUGUUAACAAACAUGGAUGCCAAAAAAAAGUCUCCUACUUUAUUCUAGCAGCUAUUUCUGCUAUAGUAUAUGAUAUACUGAGGAUAUAAAGUACCGAGGCCGUGCAGAAUUUUAAAAGCUAUGAGAAUAUAUUUUGAAAAUUGAAUUGAAUUCCCUGUGCACUUCUCUCUAAUCAAAUUCCUUUUAAUGUGUAAGUAUUAUUUUGCCUUUAUUAUUAUUAUUAUUA